AUGGUUAAAAUUCUCAUGGUUGCACCAACCUGCUUUGUUUCUGGAGACCCACAUUACCAAACAUUUGAUGGUAAAUUCUAUUCCUUCCAAGGAGAUUGUGCUUAUGUAUUGGCUCAAUCAUGUGAAGAUAAUACUUUUUCAGUCGUUACAAGAAAUGUGAAAUGUGGCUUAACCGGAGUGACUUGUACCAAAGAGAUUACAGUUACUUUAAAAGGAAAUGUCAUAAGUUUAUUCAAGGACAAGCCAACAACAUUAAAUGAAGUUGAAAUACCAGAAGAAGGAUAUAGUUCUUCCAACAUUAUGAUAAAAAGAAGUGGAAUAUUCCUCAGUAUUCUCACCAAAUUUGGUUUGACCGUUCAAUGGGAUUUAGGUACAAGAAUCUAUGUCUUUCUAAAGAAUUCAUGGAAAAGGAAAGUUGAAGGACUUUGUGGAAAUUUUGAUGGAAUAAUGAACAAUGACUUUUUAUCCAAACAGAAAUCACUUGAGCAGAAACCUUCAUCAUUUGCACACUCGUGGAGGGUUUAUGAAUGCCCAGUCAGUGAUAAAUUGGAUUCAGAAAAUUAUGAGCCGUGUGAGAAAAAUCCUUAUCGAAAACCAUGGGCAACAGACAUGUGUAGCAUAAUUAAACAUGGUCCUGUAUUUGCUAAAUGUCGUGCUUCCCUGCCAAAUAUUGUUAUUGAAACUUACUAUCAAGAUUGUCUUUUUGAUGCUUGUGGGUGUGAUCUUGGAGGAGAUUGUGAAUGUGUGUGUACAGCUAUAUCUAAUUUCCAUACAAAGUGUGCUAUUUAUGGAUUCCCUGUACGAUGGAGAAGACAGGAUCUUUGCCCAAUCCAAUGUGAAUAUAAGAUGGUUUACCUUGAAUGUGGACCUGCUAAUCCACCAACAUGUUAUGAUGAUAAAUCUGCGGAAUUAUUUGCUGAUUCUCCAUCAUAUUGCGUUGAAGGAUGUUUUUGUCCACCUGGGCUUCUUCUUGAUGGAGGAAGAUGUGUUACCAGGGAUGAAUGUCCAUGUCACGUUGAUGGAAAGAUCUUUUCUCCUGGAUCGAUUAUUUUGAAAAAGAAUUGUAUGAAUUGUACUUGCACCAAGGGUAACUUACUUUGCGUGAACACUACAUGUAAAAAAUGCAACAAGGAUGAGUUUGAAUGUGCACCAGGGACAUGUAUUAUGAAGAACAGAGUAUGCGAUGGUUACAUUGAUUGCGAAGAAGGAACUGACGAAGAAGAUUGUCCAACAACAGUGACAACGUAUACUACAUUUAUGCCAACAGGUUUGUGA